UGUGACAAGCGACUCUCUGCACUCUUCAAGUCAAAAAAGGGGGUUGCUGUUACCAAGUGCCUAGUGCUGCAACUGAAACAGGGAGACCAUGCUGCCUACUAAGAAGGGUAUCCUUGAACGUCUCAGUGCUGGGGAGGUUGUGAUCGGCGAUGGCGGUUUUGUGUUUGCCCUGGAGAAGAGGGGGUAUGUGAAGGCUGGGCCAUGGACUCCUGAGGCAUCUGUCACUCAUCCUGAGGCUGUGCGACAGCUGCACAGGGAGUUCCUGCGGGCAGGGUCUAAUGUCAUGCAGACAUUUACUUUCUAUGCCAGCGAUGACAAACUGGAGAACAGGGGCCAGACACUGAAACUCACUGGAACACAAAUUAAUGAGGCAGCCUGUGACCUGGCAAGAGAAGUCGCCAAUGAAGGAGAUGCACUGGUUGCUGGUGGAGUGUCCCAGACGCCAUCCUACCUGAGUUGCAAGAGUGAGACAGAGGUGAAAGCCAUCUUUAAGAAACAGUUGGACGGGUUUAUAAAGAAGAAUGUGGAUUUCCUAAUUGCAGAGUACUUUGAACACGUUGAGGAAGCAGAGUGGGCAGUGCAAGUCCUGAAGACCAGUGGGAAGCCUGUAGCUGCUAGUCUGUGCAUUGGACCAGAGGGAGACAUGCAUGGCAUUUCACCUGGAGAAUGUGCUGUCAGGCUGGUGAAGGCUGGUGCCCAGAUUGUGGGAGUCAACUGCCACUUUGACCCACUGACCUGCGUGAAAACAGUCAAGAUGAUGAAGGAGGGAGUGGAGAAGGCCGGGCUGAAGGCUCACUACAUGGUGCAGCCGCUGGCAUACCACACUCCAGACUGCAACUGCCAGGGAUUUAUUGAUCUGCCAGAAUUCCCCUUUGCCUUGGAGCCCAGGAUCCUGACCCGGUGGGACAUGCACAAGUACGCCAGAGAAGCCUACAAGGCCGGCAUCCGAUUCAUUGGUGGCUGCUGUGGGUUUGAGCCAUAUCACAUCAGGGCUGUGGCAGAGGAGCUCAGCCCUGAGAGAGGAAUAAUGCCUCCUGGAGCUGAAAAACAUGGAAUGUGGGGUUCUGGUCUGGAGAUGCACACCAAACCUUGGGUCAGAGCCAGGUCCCGUCGUGAAUACUGGGAGAACAUCAUGCCUGCAUCUGGUCGUCCCAAAUGCCCGUCCAUGUCCACACCAGAGUGCUGGGGUGUGACCAAAGGGCACGCUGACCUAAUGCAACACAAAGAGGCAACCACCUCCCAGGAAAUGAAACACGUACUGGAGAAACAGAAGAAAGUAAAGUCCUCUGCAUGAGUAAGAUGGAGUGUGAAAACCACUGCAUCCUACAUCCCUUUCAUCAGUCAGAAAGAGAUGAUAAGAAGGGUUGAGUAAGAGCAGUAAGUACAGAAAGAACUGAGACGUAAAAGCACAACAUGUAACAGCAAUGCUCCGCUUGUGGAGUGUUUUAAUGGCAGCCCCCAAACAAUAAACCUAAGAUUGCAACUUGA